UGCUAAGGGGUGUACUCUGGGUGGAGAGUACGAUUCUGAGAUUUGCAUAUUCAUUCGGUUGGGAGGAGGCUGCAUUCAGACGGCCAGCGCGUUUACUCUAUAUAGGGCGCUUUCUCCAAAGCUUACCCACGGCUAAGCGUUGCAGUUUCUAUCUGAACUUAUCUGAACUUAUUCUCAACGAGAAAAGAUCCCUCCUGACCAAGACUCUGCGAGACCUCCGAUAAAUUGGUUUAGAUGAUCAUGGAAUUUGCAAAUGAGAAUUUUCCCGUCGUUGGCCAUUACUCGAAAGGGAGCGAGUACUACGUGGGAGCAGAAGCAACCCUGGAACACGUUAUGGACAGCAUGGAAGGGGGAACUUUCUACAACAAGAAUGCUUCAAAACGGAUCCACACUUUUCUUAACAUGGAAAGCAACGAGCCUCAUGAGAGGCUUGCAAAGACCGUUCACGAGGACGGUGCGAACGCCAAUUAUGGCGUUUCAAAGCCAAUGGGUACAGUGGCCUGCGCAGACCUGCCGAGACCCAUCGAGAACUACUGCAACAUGAAGGUGUCACCGCUGAAAGGUUUGGAGGAAAAGUCUAUCAUGGAUCACAAUGUUGACAAGAGUGACUCCAAUGUCUCCAGCACCAAGAAGAGGAGAAAUAGGACAACAUUCACCAGUUUACAGUUAGAAGAACUGGAGAAAGUGUUCCAGAAAACCCAUUACCCAGAUGUGUAUGCGAGGGAGCAGCUGGCUCUUCGCACGGAGCUCACCGAGGCCAGAGUGCAGGUUUGGUUUCAAAAUAGAAGAGCAAAAUGGAGAAAGAGGGAACGAUAUGGCCAGUUACAGCAAGCUCGAAACCACUUUGCAACCUCCUAUGAUAUAUCUCUUUUACCAAGGACAGAAACAUACUCACAGCUGCAAAGCAACUUAUGGGCAGGGAACAGCCCCACCAACUCGGCAGUUUCUUCUUGUGUAUUACCACGCGAAUCCUCCCCUUGUAUGUCACCAUACCCUCAACCACACAGAAAUGCCAGCGCUUACAUGGGCAUAUCAAAUCAACAAAACCAGUUCAGUCAAGUAGCUCUAAACAAUCUCUUCAAUGACUCUGUACUGUCGGGCUCUUCCGAUGGACAUGCGUUUGAGCCAAGGCCAGAGUGUGAAAGAAGAUCAUCAAGUAUUGCUGUGCUUCGAAUGAAAGCCAAGGAACACACUGCCAACAUAUCAUGGGCCAUGUGAUGGGCAAUCAAAAUGCAGGACGAUCUGUAAGCCAAAGUGCCUGUGCAAUUGUGUUCCUGGAAAAUAUUAUGCUGAGCUGCUGCAUCUUAGCAAGGAUGUAGUCGUAAGCACAUCACUGGAGAGCGAUUCACAGGAUAAUUUUUAUCAAUGCAAUCCUGAAAUCAAUAGGGAAGACCGAAUCAGAAAAUGGAAUGAUUGAUCAGUAAGAGGACAUUGUGUACCAUGAAUCAUGGAAUUUUACAGCACGGGUUAUCAUUUGCCCCCGUGCCUGUGUCCACUAUAUGAAAGUGCACUGCAUCUCAUUCCUCUGACUUCAAUUGAUGUUUUCAUACUUCUUCCUUUUUGAAAAAUAUUUAUCCAUCUCUGAUUCCAAAUGUUUCAUGUAUGCUAUCUGCGCAUUUGUUUCUAGUAAGGCCUUAUGUUUCGACAAAACAUUCUGAUCUCUUCUAUAUUUUUGUUGUUGAUCUUAAAUUUACGUUUCAGAACUGUACUGUUUUGUCAAUGGAACAACAUUUCAGAAAGAAAACAUAUCAAGCAAAUAAAACAACAUUGAUUCUUGAGUUCCA